AUGUGUAUUGCUACCACUGAAGAAGAUGACCCGGAAGAGCUUCCUUGGAAACUAAACUUUGAUAGGGCAACAAAUGCUGUGGGUAAUGGAAUUGGGGCAGUCUUGGUAUCCCCAAGAGGAAAUCAUCAUCUAUUCACUAUUAAAUUGGAUUUUGAUUGUAUGAAUAACAUGGCGGAAUACGAAGCGUGCAUCAUGGGAGAAUGGCAGACCAGAGACCCCAAGUUGAUCGACUAUCGGAAACUGGUCCUUGAAUUGGUCAAAGAUAUUGAGGAGGAUGAGGAAAAAGACGAUCACCCUUGGUAUAACAAUAUAUUACAAUACGUGAAGAAUCGUGAGUAUCCGGACCAGGCAGGUGAGAAUGACAAAAGGACGCUGAGAAGAUUGGCCAUCGACUACGUCUUAGAUGAAGAUAUCCUAUACAAAAGAAGAAAGGAUCAAGUGCUAUUAAGAUGCGUAGAUGUUGUAGAGGCUAAGAGAAUCUUGGAAGAAGUCCGUGAAGAAGCCGUUUCAUAUGCCAACAUGACAAAGUCGGCAGUGAGCAAAUUUAUUAAAAAGGAGAUCAUAUGUCGAUACGGAAUGUCAGAGAGGAUUAUAUCUGACAAUGCCUUAAACUUGAACAAUAAUAUGAUAGUGGAAGUCUGCAGUCAAUUCAAGAUCAAACACCACAAUUCGUCACUGUAUCACCCGAAAAUGAAUGGGGCAGUUGAAGCGGCCAAUAAAAACAUUAUGAAGAUCAUGGGGAUGAUGAUUGAGACCUAUAAAGAUUGGUAUGAGAAGUUACCAUUUGCCCUCUUUGCUUAUCGAACAUCUCUCAGAACCUCAACUGGGGCAACGCGUUUCUCUUUAGUUUACGGAAUAGAAGCAGUUUUGCCAAUCGAAGUCGAGAUCCCAUCCCUUCGAGUGCUGUCGAAGUUAAAGUUGGACGAAGCAGAAUAG